AUGGAGGGAGACUCUCUGAAAAGCAGCAGAAAUGGCAUCGAAAUACCAGCGAAGCAGCCACCUCCUGUGAACGCAUCAAAACAACGGAAGACAAAGAAGUUCAUUCUGUCAAAGUACACCAUCUAUGAAACCAAGGAUCGCAUAUACAUAGUGGGGAGCAAUAAAAGGGAAACUAUGUUCCGCAUCCUCGAAAUAGAUCUCACUGUCCCUGAAAACGAACUGGCUGUACUAGAAGACAAUGUCUUUUUCACAAGGUCCGAAAUCAUGAAUGUUCUCGCUGCAUUGGAAGACGCCAACGACGAGGGGUUACACAAAAGGCUCACUGUUUAUGGUUUGCUGGGCUUCAUACGGUUUACGGAAUGUUACUAUCUGGUUGUAAUAACCAAGCUGAGUCAGGUUGCAGUUCUGGGUGGACAUUGCAUAUAUCAUAUUGACGAGACAGAACUAGUCCCGAUUUCCAACUCCUAUAAAACCCCAGAAAAGAGUUCAGGCGAGGCGCGAUUUCUUAGCACCUUUCUGAGUUUAGACCUGAGCAAGACCUUUUACUUCAGUUAUACUUACGACAUCACAAAUACAUUGCAGACAAAUCUUUUAAGGGAAAAGCUAAAGGCAGUCGAUCGUGUAGAUUUGUCUGUGCCUGUUGGUAUCCCAGAUUAUAACGAUAUGUUCAUGUGGAAUAGCAAUCUUUUGAAACCAUUGUUCCCAUGCAUAGAUACAGUUUAUGAUUGGUUUCAAGCAAUGGUUCAUGGAUUUAUUGAUCAGGUCAACGUUUCAAUUUGGGGAAGAAGUGUCUACGUUACUUUGAUAGCAAGACGUUCCCAUCAUUUUGCUGGAGCACGUUACUUGAAGAGAGGAGUCAACAAGCAAGGUUAUGUCGCAAACGAGGUCGAAACAGAACAGAUAGUAUCUGACAUGAUACUCACUCCUUUCCAUCAGCCAGCAAAUGGAUAUUUUGACAGCGACCGCUAUACUUCGUUUGUGCAACAUCGUGGCUCCAUCCCACUUUACUGGUCUCAAGAAGCUUCAAAUUUAACUGCCAAGCCCCCUAUUCAGAUUAAUGUUGUUGAUCCCUUCUUUAGCGCAGCAGCACUACACUUUGACCGCUUAUUCCAGAGGUACGGUGGGGGGCCGAUCCAGGUACUUAACUUAAUCAAAACAAAGGAGAAAACCCCAAGGGAAACCAAAUUGCUGACUGAAUUUGAACAGUGCAUUGACUAUCUCAACAAAUUCCUAGCAGAUGACAAGAAAAUUGAGUACACUUCAUGGGAUAUGAGUAGGGCUUCAAAAUCUCACGGGCAAGUUGUUAUAGAAUUUCUUGAAAGGUAUGCCGUUAAUACAGUCGAGAGUACAGGUAUUUUUCAUAACGGACGAAACUUCAAAAGCACUCAAAUACAAGAGGGAAUUUGUAGAACAAAUUGCAUUGACUGCUUAGACAGAACAAAUGCAGCUCAGUUUGUCAUCGGAAAAAGAGCUUUAGGCGUCCAGCUAAAAAUUUUGGGAAUAGCAGACGAUUCAUUUUUGGAAUACGACUCGGAUAUUGUACACAUACUUACGGAACUCUUCCACGAUCAUGGAGAUACAAUCGCCCUACAAUAUGGAGGCUCUCACCUUGUCAAUACAAUGGAAACUUACAGAAAAAUCAAUCAGUGGAGUUCUCAUUCAAGGGACAUGAUUGAAAGCAUAAAAAGAUUUUACAGUAACUCCUUCAUAGAUGCCCAAAGGCAAGACGCGAUCAACCUGUUUCUUGGGCAUUACGUUUGGGAGGAAGGUUUGCCAGCUUUGUGGGAGAUGAAUACAGACUUUUACUUGCAUAACUCCUGUGAAAAUGACACCGAAAAAAGGAGCUACACUAAAUGGUGGAAUAUUUACAAUACGAAGAGCCUGAGAGGCACUAUAAAGGAGGAAAUAUUUGGCAAAGACAACGACAUCACGAAAGAAAAGAUAUCUAAGAAUGUUAGGGGCUACCCAGGAGCCUUUGAUAAUUAUUGGAACGAAUACUACGCUCCUCGAUUAUUUUCCUCAAUUCAGGAUCUUUUUGCCUUCAAAAUGAACUCUACAAGGAGGUACAAUGGAAACGAAAAGAGAGGAAAUGUCUUUUCCCCAUUUCAUUCGCGCAAACAGAGCAGUCUGAAUAAUAAACUGAAAAACCUAGCUAAUAGAGAGCAUGAAGAGGAAGGGGGGCCCGACACUGAUGACAAGGGCUACACCCAUGUUGAUGAAAACGAACUGUACCAUAUUUACCUCGACGACCAUAUGAAGGAAAUGGAAAACUUGAAACGAGAAGUUGAUGGUCUCGAUAUUCUUGAGAGAGAAUCUUUGGAGCCACCAGAAAGCGAUUUUGCAGGAAAAAAUUACACGGUGAACUCUUCAGACGACAUGCCAUCAGCCUACCUCACGGCUUUAUCUGAGGGCUCGAUAGAUGAUGUUAAACGUUACGAAGAGCUUUGCAAGAUUACAAACUACCUACCGUAUGAAAGCUAUGCGUCCUCAGAUGAUCUUUAUAAAAUUGGUGUGGACAAAGAGCAACUUGAAAUUUACGAGGCCUUGUAUGACAAAGCCACGUAG